GCUUGAGCUGUUUCAAAUACCUCAGAGUAUGAUAAUGAACAAUUUGGCUUUAUAACCGGAAUCACUUGAACCAAUCAAGCGCCUUUUAAACUCUUAUGAAAGACUGUAAAUUGCUGAACCGCUUUACAAGAAGGAAGACAAAACCAGCUAACCACAAUUGAUGUUUGUGGCUUUUUGAUUUAUCAACAAACUAAUACGUCUCCGCAGGAUAGUUCUUUCUUCAUAUAUUUGUUCCUAUCAGUUAGCAACGAAAUUCUAAGACUAUAGAAAAUGUCUUCUGCAAGAGUGACUUAUGUGAAUCAUGAAGACAAUUCCUCCGAACAAGGACCGCCAAGUUAUUCAGGUUUUGUAUUCGUAGUAGCUAUAUAUUUCAUCUGAUAUCAGGUUUAUAUUGUAGCAUGUAUUUACUGGCAAUGAGGAUACGUCAUUGAUAUUCCGUUAUUGUAUAUCUUAUAUAAUUUAUGGCGUAUUUGGACCCCAAUAUUAUGUUCAGUGUUGUAUUGCUUAUAUUCUCUGAAAUGUAUCUUCCUUCAGUUAUAUAUAAUGAUAUCGGUUGUUUGUUUUCUGUACAUGUGAUAUCAAAACUUUGAUAUCGAUGGGUCAACGAAUAGUGUACUUAAAUUUAUGCUGAAUCUGAAAACUUAAAUGUUGGCCGAUCUCCGCCAACUCCGCGGUCAGGAAUCAGUCAUAUAUCGCUGAAAGCUUCAGUUAUAUUACUAUUCUGAAAAUAUGUUUAGUUUGCUUUUCAUUUUGUCAGUGUAGUUUAUAGUGGUUAAGUGUAUUUUAACAGAGCUUACUUCAGUCAGAGAAAUAUUUGCUAAAUUUUUGAUAAUAAUGGUAUAUGCAUGCAUGUGCAGUUAUAACGGUAAUGGAAAAUACGCAUAUAAUAUUCUUUUCGCUAGUCUAAAGACUCUCUAAAGUUCGAGAAUGAGAGUGAAUAUAUAUAAGAAAUUUUCUUGGUUAGCUGUUCUUAUUAAAGCUUUCCCAACACUAUCAUGAUCUUGUAUUUUAUUUAAAUUAAAUCGUAUUGUUAAAACACUCAACAAACCUGUAUUUUGUUAAUCUACAGCUAGAAAUAUGUCCCCAGAAGCAAAUCGUGACUGCGAACUCUCAUCAACUCUCAUUCUCGUUUGACCGGGGCUUAUAUAUAGGCCUAUAAUAUGUUAUUUUUGUCAUUAAAUAUUAUCUAAUUCAUUAUAAACAGCUUCAAAAAUUCAGUAAAAGUGAAAUAACACGAAUUUCUUUAUUUUGCAAUCAUUUUAAACCGGUAAUUAUAGCCUUCGGUAUUUCAAACAUGAUAUAAAAUUUUUGGCCAAAACGAUAUCUGCGGAAGAUUCAGAAUCGAGACAAAAGAAGCACGAUUGUUGUUUAUGAGUAGCAGUACGGUUACAAACAUAUAACAGGUUUAGUCGUGUAAAUAUUUGUGUAGUGUAUAUUUUGUGAAUUCAUGUUUGAAUGCAUGCAUGCGCGAUUUACAAAUACUUUGAGUACAACUGCAUACAAUAAAAUGCAAAUCAUGUCUUGGUGAUUCGUUGCCAUGGUGAGAAAACUUCCCGUUGUGCCGAACGGAAGCCGAUUUGAUUUACUGUGAGAGUAUGUGGGACGUAGCCUCCUCCGCAGGCAUCUCACCCGACGAAUCGGGUGGUGGGAAAAAAAAUUUUUUUCAAACCCAUUCGCAGGCUACAACCCAUAGAGAGGCCUGCGGAGGAGGCUAUGUGGGACGUAUGAAUGAUUGCAGUUGUUGACUUUAAACUUUCAAGUGCUCACGCAACUAGCUUUUUAAAAUACUUCAACUGAAAAGAGUCGUCGUUAAAUUCUUGGAUGUACGCACAGGAUGUAUUACUUCAAAAAUGUUAUACUCUAUAAGGAAUGGAAACUUUUUAAUACUGCCGAUGCGCGAAAAAUGAAAUUAUUGAUAAUCACGGACUUUGAUUUCGUUUCGUUUCGUUUUGCUCUGACAGUGUUUUCUCGUAAGACUCGUAUUAUACAUGUAUAGCCGUAAAAUAUUUUAAAAAAUCACGAGGAAAUACAAGCAAAUAUAUGUUAAAGAUUAAAGACUUUUCCGUGUUCGUGAGGGAGUUUGUAUGACUCAAGUAAACGCCCUAUAAUAACAUAUGAGUGAAAGAACCUUGACAAAGAACCUUUGCUUGAAACGAUUCUGAACACUAUAAAUUUAUUUGCUCUGUGAACCAACCUAGAAAGACAGUUGAUGACUAUAGGAUUGUCCAUGAAUUUCCUUAAGUAAUUAAGUAUAAACUAUUAAGUAUACAAUACAGUUGUUUACUGAAAUAUUUUCGAUUGAUAGUCCUAUAUAAUCUGGACUGACUUUUUACUCAAAAUCCUUACUAAGGAAAUAGCAUGGAUCUUCGUUGGAAUUAGUAUGGAAAUCCAAUUUUCAUACUAAUUGCAAUUUCCUCCAUGCUAUAUGGGUCAUGGGUGUAGUAUGGAAAUAAUAUGGUUAUACUAUGCCGAAUUUAGUGAUGCAAUUGCAAAUUCCAUGCCGAUGUGGAUUUCACUAUUUUUCCCGUUGAUAAUAUAGGAAAUUCAGAACCAGCAAUAUUUAAAAUUUAAUGAUAAUCAGAUGUUUUCGUUGAAGGAUGUAUAAUCACCUAUAAAGAUAAAGAUAAAGAAAACGAAGGAUGCCGUUACACUAGAAAUCCUUGUUCACUUCCAAAAAAUUCAAAAUCUGGAAAAUUCAGUUCCCAAACGUGAAACGAUUUAAUAUCUCAUAAACUCCCGCAAAAUCGGAACAUCCCUAUCAAACUGCUAAAAACCUCCCCAAAAUCACAAAAAUUGUUGUUUAUAGAAUCCGCUCAAAAUUUCAAUUCAAAAAUUUCAAUAUAGUGAUAAUAUUUCAAUUCAAAGCUACCUAUAUUCUCUGAAACGAACCCCAUGUUUGAACUGAUUAUCGAGGUGCUUUCAAUUUUGCAUUAAACUAUAUAAAGUGAAAAGGCAGUUUUAUGGGAACUCGCAUGAGAUCAGUAGUGAUAGCAUGUGUUUCGUCUUUUCGUAUGAAUUACAUCACUAUAUAUGAUAUUUGUUUUCGUGUAGAAUCAGAUAGAGAACGUUUCGAAUUGCGAGCUCCAGCCAGUCCUACAAGAGUUCAACUUCCGAGGGGCAUGGAAAAUACGUUCACCAGAGGGCGAUAUACUCCGUCAGGUAAAUCAUACUGAUAUACAGGGUGUAUAAAAAAACACGCAACCUUGGAAUUUCCUAAGAAAUCACUUUGCAAUUCUUAAGCAUAAAAGAUUUUAGGCCCCUGGGAAUUGAAAUCAAAUUGCUAAUAGAUCAUAUUACUGUUGUUUUGCAUUAAAUAAAUGCAUAAAUUUUUCUUUAUGCAACUCGCGUGUGCAGUAAUUUUGACAGUAAUUGUGCUAUUUUCCAUUCCCAGGCGCCUAAAAUCUUUUGUCUUUAAAACAAUGUCGAUUUCUCGGGAAAUUCCGAGGUUGCGUUUUUUUUUAUACACCCUGUAUAUGUUCAACAAAUUAUGUGUAGGGGAAUAGCUUUAAUGUAUCCAAUUGGAAUUUUCAUCAAAAAGCUAAAUUGGCCGAAACGCCACCUGUGCUAGUAGAUAUACCAUUUGGCCUAUAAGACUAUAACUACCUAUUGACUUACUUGAACUAGUAUUGAACUAAUACGCAAGAAUUUAUGAGCUGUGUACACCCAUUCAUGCAAUCACUAUUUUUUCAUUUAUUUAACUAAUUUUUUCUUCAUGAACGCAGUAUGAAUCUUUAUGAGCGCAGCAAUACUAAUUAAUGUUCUCUUCACGAACGCAUCAUAUACUACUACUAUUUUUUCAUGAACGCAGGCUACCAUGGAUGGGGGCAUGUGGCAUCUUUUGUCGUGGUAUAACUGUUGUUGAAGAAGGCCUCACACGCUAAAAUUUUAAAGCAAGAUUCUUUUCGACAAAAUAUUAAGCUGAUACCAAAACUAAGUAGUAUUAUUGUCUGACUCGCUCAAGAGUUCUGGUUUGAUUCAUCUAUAAGUCCAUAGUACAGUAAGGAAAUCUCACUCACUGCUGAUAGUGGAUAAAAUUGAAGUGAAUGAAGACUUUAUUCAUUCUAUUUACUAUAAUUCCUCUUCAUUUUGUGAUUGGGAAAAUACCAUGUUCAAGUAAUAGCGUUUUGUCAAGAAAGUCUUUUGACUUUGUAGAAUCAUCAUCAGCAAGAGGUCCGGUCAGUCCAACAAGAAGCCAGGUCAAUCUUCCUAGGGGUUUCGAAAACAUUGGUGGACAACGACCUCCGUCAGGUUUGUUCAAAUUAUAAUAUCAAGACAAAUAUUUUUCUUUAAAUAUUUAAUGUUCCUACCUGAUUUAUUCAUAUUCCUACCUCAAAAAUUGUCAGCAGGAUGACUCAAAAAGCCAUCUAACAGAUUAAAUGCAUGUAAACAGAUGGUGUAUUAAAUGCCUCCAGUUGAGCUUGAAAUUUUUCAUGGCGAUCAGUUCGUCCUAUAGUCGCUUGUUUUCGCAUGACGACGCAUGUGUUCAAUGGCAUGAAAAAUCAGUACUUAAAACUAACACUCGUAAUUGUAGGAACUACUUAUUAUGUAGCUGUAUACUUAUUUAGUAAGUCAACCAGCACCUGCGGCAAAGAUCAGCUUACCGAAAGGAAUGGAGAAUAUUAUGACGUCACGUUCCUCACGCUAUGCAGUGGAUCGCCCUGUAGACCCCGGCCGAUCUCCACCAUUUUAUAGAUCACCAUCACUAGACGAAACAGAUUCACCGUAUUCUGCAGAGAACUCUGUCCAACCUCGACAUUCUGCAUCUUAUAAUACAGGAGGUAAUGUGUUUGCAUUGUUUCUACCAAGCUUUUAAAACUGAGCUUAUUUUAUCUGUCAGAUAAAAUAAUUUUGUUGUUUUGUUAUAUAUGCAGGAACUUUACCUUGGCAGCAAGAUGUAGAUGCAAAACCCAUGUCUAAAGCUGAACAAUAUCCUUUAACACAAGAACCAAAUAACGACGGACAUAUAACAAGUAGGUCUAACAAGCAUUACAAUUAACGCAGUAUAUACUAUUAAAAUUCAGCCAUUUAAAGUUGAGCAGGUCGCCUGAUUUUUCCAAGUUAGAAUGGAAAAUAUUAAAUUUGUGUCAGUUGAAUUUUUCUUAAACAUGGUUUCUAAAACUCUCAACUUUUUCACUUUCACCUUCUUUAAAAGUAAUAAAGCCCCCAAAAAGUUGGCUUCUUUAAAAGUAAUAAAGCCCCCGCCAACAUUUCAGAGACAACUGCUGACAACCAAAGUCCCCUCUUAAGAUCCUCUUGAAACUUCUACUUUCAAUUAAAUAAUUUUAAAUAAAACUGUCAUUUCAGGACCAACGUCAAGGACAAUGGAACAAAAUGGUAAAUCAACAGAUCGCCUAGAUGGUCAUGAAGAACGUGAUGCUUGGGGAAGUAAAUGGGAGUUCAUUCUCGCCUCAAUUGGUCUUGCCGUUGGGUUGGGAAAUGUCUGGAGAUUUCCAUAUUUAUGUCAGAAAAAUGGAGGAGGUUGGUUCAUUAGAUGAGGAACUAGGAAAAUAAAGCUGGGUUCAUUCUCGCCUCUAUUGCUCUGACUGUUGCCUGUUGGUUUAGAAAAUGUCUGGAUAUUUCCAUUUUUAUGUCAGAAAAAUGAAGGCGCUAUGUCUAGUGGCAAUAAUAAUAAUUAUUAUCACAAAUCCUAGGCUUACGAUAUGGGGUUCCACACUAAGAAUUGUUUUCUUGACGGAGGAAAACGGGGUGAAAUCAGAACACCCAGGGGAAAAUAAAAAAAAAAAAACUCUAGUUACAUGAGUUUCCAAGCACAUGCGGGAAGUCAUCGUAACAAGGAAUUACCUUUUCCUCGACUUACAUUAGCAGGUUUCAUUUAGCUAGUGGUAAGGAGGAUCUUGCCAAAUGCAUCUGCUAUCCAGGCUUGAUCUAAUGUGUUGUCAAUUGUCAUCGCAAAGCAGGAUUAAUGGAAAGAUGGACGUUAGAAGGGUCACAAAGCUUACUCCGUCGCGUAGAUCACUGUAAAUUAAAUGAGUGCUGUAUUAUGAUCAUGCCAAUUAAGUGUCGAAGAGAAAAACAAUCAACAUGUGAACUGUUUUAUUAUUGAACUUUUAAAAUUCAAAAUUAUUAAAUUCUUAAAAUGCAAGUGUAACUCCGCUCCUAUUUUUGCCGUUCCACAAUUUAUUGUGCCCUCUCAGAGUUGUUGGCGAUAAGCAAUUAAAUCAGUUUUGUGACCCUCGCGCGAUAAAUUUUUUACCUUAAUUUCAGCGACAUUCGUGCAUGAAACAAAUUUGAGAAUUUAAGAUCUAUGUCGCGGCAAACCCGACGACACAGUCUUAAUUUUAGCUCAAUAAUAAAGCAGGGCCGUAGCUAGCAUGUAUAGUUGGGGGGGAGGUGGGGGUUCGGGCAAAAAUUUCCGAAUGACGAAAAUCAUUUCCGAAUGUUUCAUGGCAUACGGCGAAGUAACAAAGGUGUUUGCUAUCCGGAAAAUGAAGACGCAAUAAAUUAUAAAUAUUAAAGCCAUUUUUUUAUUAGACGCACAUUUUACGCAUAGACAUAUUACAAAAAUAAUAAACCGAAAAACAUUUACCGAUAUACGAUUUAUAAAUUGUUAUCCAUGUUCAUGCCAUGAUUUCGUAAAUUAGUUUAUACUGACAAUACAAUUCUUUAUGUUAAUUAAUUCUGAAAAAUUCCCAAUACCCCCCUCGCUACGACCCUGUAAUAAAGGCUAUGAAUAAAGGCCAAGGAAUUUGAUUCCUGUAGUAAGUGCUUGAAGGCAACUUGAAGCCUUUCAACUCCCGAUAAUCUUACGAACAGCUACGUUCACGAGCUGAAAUGGUGGGGUGUCCUCUAUAAAGGCUGUUUUUCAUUACGGCUAUUUUGCCCGCGUGGGGGCAGCGGACAGUAUUGAACAUUUGGUCGCGCGUGCACGCUUUGAAAGUUGAACAGUUUUCAACUUUCAAACGGCCUGCACGCGCGUCACAAGCGAACCACUCGUGGUCACGCCAUAACUAAUGCUCAUAUAUCUGAUAAAGCAUUCCUACGCGUGCUUUAAAUACUGUAAUACUUAAACGUUAACUUUAUUAACUUUAUUAUAACUUCAUUAACGUCUUUGUUAACUUGUCUUUCGUUUACAGCAAUAUACUGUCAACUCCGUACGUUGAAAUGUUUUCAUUGUCCAACAUUUUAAAAAGCCCACGCGAUAAAAUGUCGCUUUGCCUGCGUGGACAAAGCGGAGGAAAUGGAACCGGCCUUUAAGGCCAUUUUCGAUUGCAGUCGCUUUGCCCGCGCGAGCGGAGCGACCAAGUUUAAUCACGUGAAAAAUCAGUCGCCCGCGGGCACGCCAUGCAAGAAAGUUGAAUGUAGUUCUACUUUCAUGGCGUGUCCGCGAGCAUUCAGGCGGACAAAAAAUACACAGGUUAGGCAACUAUCUAUCAACACAUCAAAAACCAAAUUUAUUUUAUUUCGAUCCUAAAAAAAGAAAAAGAAACACGUAGUAAAGUUGUCCAUCAAUAACGACGAUAUCAAACAAGUCAAAAGUACAACCUUUUUAGGAGUAGUUAUUGAUGAAUGUUUGUCAUGGAACGAUCAUAUCGAUUCCGUUGCAAAGAAAAUUGCAUAGUCUGCAGGAAUUAUUGCACAAUUGCAACAAUCGUUAUUUUACAAAUUUGAAUACUUUAAAACUAAUAUACUAUGCUUUAGUCUAUCCAUAUCUAAUCUAUGGCAAUCUAAUAUGGAGUAACACAUAGGCUACAAAACAAGAAUUCAAAAGUUAACAAAUAUUCAGAAGAAAGUAAUUCGUCUGAUGACAUUUCAGUCCAAUUUUUCUCACACUGAAAAAAUAUUUAUUGACCAACAGAUCUUGAAUCUUGGUAAGCUAUAUAACUACCUUACAAGUCUCUUUAUGUUCCGAUAACAUCAUUUAAACAACUUGCCAAAAUUCUUCUCAAACUUUUUUAUUUCAAACAACCAAAUUCACUAAUACAACACUCGAAGCUCAACUAAACUCUUAUCAGAGAACUAACUACGUCAAGCACUCGCUUUCAGUGAAAGGGGUGGACGUUUGGAAUAAUCUUGACAGUAAUUUAAAAAUAACAUCCGUCCCAUUUUUAAGAAAAAAUCCAAAAUACACUUUCUAUGUAAUUAAUGUUAUAUAACUGUAAUUUCUCUUCAUGUACAUAGAUAUUUAACUCAAGCUUCUCAUUUUAACUAUUAACUUAUUAAUAGUAUAUCAUGCACAUGGGCAAAUCAUUAAAAAAAAAAACUACAGAGAAAGUUGAGUAAUGUUCGCUCCGCCCGCGCGGGCAAAGCGACUGCAAUGGAAAAUGGCUUUUAGGCUGACCUUAUGUAACGCCACCAAAGUUUAACUUUGUUCUCAGAAUGACAACGUCGUUGAGGAUAUACUCCUGGGACCACAAAUUGUUCAUACUCUUUGUCUUGCAUGAAUAAUUUUUCUACUUUAUUCAAUGUUUUAUUUAGUGUUCUUAUAAGUAUUCUGUUUCCUAUCUAGGUGUUUUUCUUAUUCCCUACAUUAUUUUCAUGGUUAUCGAAGGGAUUCCUUUGAUGUUGCUGGAGUUCGCGAUUGGUCAGAAAUUUCGAAUGACUGCCGUCCGCCUAUGGAAUGAAAUACACCCAGCAUUGUUUGGAGUCGGGCUGGCAUCCCUAGCCGUUUCUCUGUUGCUCUGUGUAUAUUACGUUGCUGUUAUUGCAUGGUGCAUCUUCUACUUCUUUAUCUCGAUGCAACCAGAUUUACCUUGGAAGAUUGAUGAGUUGUGCACAAAAUAUCCAGAAUAUAAAGUUUUAAAAACUGAGGAAGAAUUUUGGCUUAAAAACAAAACAUUUUAUUCUAAACCUCCUUACAAAGACAACUCAUCGUAUUAUGAUAUAUCCCAAUACUCUGAAAGAAUGUACCAGGAAAGCAAAAACAAUGUGUCCACAUUUAAAGACUGCUGCGUUCUUGAUCCACCUCAAUGGUAUUUUUACACUGAAGUUCUGGACAUUUCAAUCGAUAUUGAUGAUUACAGUAAAGGCGUCAACUUAAAACUGCUCGGAUGCUUGGUUUUAGCAUGGAUUGUUGUUUAUCUUUGCGUUGUUAAAGGAAUCAAAUCAAGUGGAAAGGUAAGUGAAUCAUUUUCACGAAAGUGAAGAAACAAAGCCUUUAGGGAGCAGUCAUUAUUAAUGCCGGGGGGAGGGCUGGAAGAUAUUAGUGGGGGCACCAAAAAUGUAUUAACCACUUAGGGGCGGGGGGGGCUACCAAAAAUAUCAGAGAAAGGUCGGGAGGGGGCAACAGUAAUGUACAAUAGAGACUUUGUCUCGGUGAAUAUUCCCCGAUAAUCACAGAGCCUGAGACGAAUAAUUGUUUAAUUAUUCACUGUAAUAUAAAUGUCAAUGCUAUAUAAAUGGCUUAAUAUCUAAAUAUAACAAGGUUCAAUUAAAAAUAAAAUUAAAAUAUGUGAACUUGCAAGUUCAAUAUCACAGAGGGGAGGGAGGGGUACUAUGAAAAUUUAUUAUACCUAAUAGGAGGGGCCAUGAAAAAAAAUAUUUUGAAAGAAUGAGGAGCCAUGAAACAUUUACCACAAGUUCAGAAAUAUCUUCCGCCCCCGCAAUUAAUAAUGACUGCUCCCUUAUGCUAUAAGGAUUUUUGGGAAAAAAUGUGAAAUCUCAACAUUAAAUAAAUUUCAUAUUUCUUCAGCUAUCAUUGAAUUAUGUUUUAAUGUGACAGUUUGUUAGUAAAAAUAGGGACAGUUAUGUGUAAUCACUUAACCUUGUAGUCAUUUCAUUUUUUAAGAUUAAAUUCGAAAAUGACCUGAAAAACUGGUAAACUAAUCAAUUUCAUGUGCCACAUAUUGUACAUAAUAUAUUAUUUGUUAUAUAGGUGGUUUAUUUCACUGCAACAUUCCCUUAUAUCAUCUUGAUAAUUUUAUUCUUCCGUGGAGUGACACUUGAGGGAGCCGGAACUGGUCUAAAGGCAUUCUUCAGCCCUGAGGUAAAAGUCGCAAAUAGUACAGGUCAGCUAAAUAAUUAAACAUUCCUAGGACGCAACAUUCGGUAUUGUCAAAUAACUAGUUGUACUGGAUGCGUUUAUACUUGAAGUACCCCUGUAAUGGAAAUACUCUCAUUGGAUUAUACAUGUUUAAUUAACGUAGUCAUAUAGUUAAAAUGUUUCACCGAAGUGGUGGUGAAUAGUGCAAGCCUGCAAGGAUAUUCCAAGGAUAUUCCGACACUAAUGACCAAAGAAGAACUAAAAUAUUUUUUUAAAAACAAUUUGCAUUACAGCUCGCGUAAGGGGUGGACCAUUAGAAAAGUGAUGGGGGGGGGGGAGGGGGGAUGGAAAGCAAAAAUUAAAAAAAAAUCCGUGCAAGGGAUUAUAUUUAAAAAAACUAUCGACACAAGCAAAAAAUUUAAAAAAAUAUUCGUACAAGUUAAAAAAGUCCCCUCCUCCUAUCACUUUUCUAAUGGCCCGCCCCCUAAUAGUUGCAAACAAAACACUAUAGUAUUCACAAGCUUUUAGUAAUUUUAAUCAUUAGACAUUUUAAGAAUACCUCUACACACUGUUAAACAAAACUUUGUGGCUUUCUCUUCGUAUUUCCCGCAACCGCAGCUAAGUUUAGUAAAAACAUUUGCUCGUUUGUAACCAGGACAAAACGGAAAGAGAUUUUGGUUUUGUCUGGAUCAUAUAGUGACAAAUAUCCGGAGUUGACCAACCCGAUCCAAUUACGCGAAAAGCAUUAUCCACUUCCCGAGUGUAUGCUAACAGCAAUUAUACUUGAUAAUAAAAUAAAAUAAAAUAAAAUAAAUUCAAUGUUAAAAAUACGAAUCAGACCAUAGAAAAAACUCGUCUAGUCGUCUACAAUUGUGAGUAUAACGCAUUGUAUAUAUUUGAACAUGAAGUCAGUGACUUAUAUUUGCAAACCUUAGACCAUAAAUGCAAACGAUAGUAUAAAUUAAAAAGACUAAGUAUACUUGCCAGAUAUAAAGAACAAAUAAGAAGUUUGUUUUUCCUUCCUUACAGAAUGCUUGGGAAAGACUUGGGGAUGUACAAGUGUGGAAAGAUGCUGCUACUCAAAUGUUUUUCACUCUCAGUUUAGCCUUUGGAGCUCUAAUUGUAUUUGCCAGUUACAUGCCUUACCACAAUCAAUGUAUGAAUGAUGCCUACACUGUAGUAUUUAUUAACUGUGGCACCUCACUGUUUGCUGGUGUUGUUGUCUUCUCUAUCCUUGGCUAUCGAGAAGUUAAAACUGGUAUUAGUGCAAAUAAGGUAAGUUGCUCCUUUUCAACAGCAAAGCAGAAUUGAUGUUGAGGUACAACUUUGAUGUAAAAUACAGUGAAACUAAUAAAAAAGAAUUUUUAUAUACAGCUGGAUAAUUCCAUUAGUCUUAAACUGUUAUCCGCACCAGAAGUUCAGUAAGGAUCGUCCACUAUUGCUCCAGUGAUGGAGGGGAAACAUGGGACAACUGCCCCAGAGAAAAUUCAACCGCAGUGACGAUACUUAUAACGUUAUUAUUAAAUAUUAAGCCAAAUGGCGUUUAUAAUAUUGUGAAUCAGAAUGUAUGAUUCUGUUAUAGGCCGAGGGGGGUGGCCUUGAAGGCCCUAAAAAUCUCUUGAUACAAGAUUGGCUGCUUAUUAACUGAGAAUAUGAACCCUACAAUCCUGUGCAGGUCAAUUUUUUUUCAACAUUAAAUAGAAGGGAGGGGGGAAGUAAUCACAGAAAUAGAACGAAAUAUCAAAAGUCUCAUUAUUUUUGCACGCGAUUGUCUGAGACCGAGCUGUCUGUGGGUUAGCCGUCCAAAAUUUGAAUUUUUGCCAAACUCCAGCGGUGAAGUUGACAUUUAGGGAAAUUUACAUAUUUCAAUCAAUUAACCGAAAGUUUUUUGUCCCCCAAAAUAUAGAAAUUCCGCAAGGAGGCUGCACGGGGGACUGGGCAAGGAUAAAGAAGCUUUUCUAACGAAUUUAAAUUUUUUUACUAAGCAUUUACUUACUAGAGAAAAAUCUUUGGGAAAAUAGACAAGCAAAGUCAGCUGUAGGCUAAAUACGAUCUAUUAAAAUACUUUGCGAUUUAGUAAGACACAUCUAAUAAGCAUGCAUAAAAAUCUAAUGUAGUGUUUUAACUAUUCUUAAGCCCUUUCAAUUAAGCUCAAUUAGCCAUAAUUUCCUGAAGAAAAAAUAAUUAUAUGACAGUUCCUCACCACCGAGGAAGUACAUACACGUCAAAAUCAUUGAAAUUUUUCCAAAAUUGUAUGUAAGUAGGUCAGAACGAUGAGUUGUCUGUUAUAAAACUCUUGAACUUGAAGGAAAUUUUCUGUUUGGGAGAAAAAAUAUACUCAUGAUGGUCAGCCAUGGGAAAAAAUUGUCUGAAAUUUAUUCUAUAUUUUAUAAUCUUCUUCCAAUGUAAAUAUUCAUCAAUUAAUCGUCCUUUCCUAACAAAAAAUAACUAUAGUUCUCAAGAUCCCCUAUUUUCUUUUUACAUGAAGUACUCAGUUAUAGAAAACCGCUGAGAAAAAAAAUGUUAUAUACACGCGUAAACGCUGAGCCCGCUAUUUAACAGGAUUGAACAAUGUUUUGCUGCCCACGUUGUUCACACUUGUCAACAAUAUUGAACAAUAUUAUUGAGCUUGAAUCGGGUGUAACAAUAUUGUUCAAUAUUUGAUAUUUAAUUUUGUUUAGUAUUAAUAAAGCAUACAACUCAACUACACGGCAAAAAAAACGCUCAGGUUGAUGCAAUACUGAUGAAAACAGGAUUGAACAAUGUUUUAUUUCAGAACCAUCCUCAGAGAUACGAAAAACUCGAGCCAACGAAUUUUUCGUUGGUCGAUUGCAGUGUCAGAUUAAUAUGAAACUAGUUGACAAUGUUUUGCUGCCCACUUUGUUCAUAGCUGUCAACAAUAUUGAACAAUGUUGUUACACCCGAUUCAGGCUCGACAAAACUGUUCAAUAUUGUUGACAAGUGUGAACAACGUGGGCAGCAAAACAUUGUUCAAUCAUGUUGAGCAGCGGGCUCGGCGUUUUUUGUCGUGUGUUCACUUUCUUGAGGCAUCCAGCAUAAAAACAAACAACGAAUAAUUCGUUUAUUACAGGAAUGUUUUUAUUCUCUUCAUUUCAACAAAAUAGUUCUGUGUUUGCAGCGGUAAUUUUUGGCAAAAAAUGGGUUACAGAUUCAUGUCUCACUGUUUAUGAAUGUUGAGCCCUGUCCUUGCCCUGACUGGUAGAUACUUCAUUUGACCCUGCAUGAUCAGUUUUUGCACCGUAAUAAUUAGAGCUCAUUUUGCUCUGUAUAAGUAAUGUCCAUAUCAGGCGGGGGAAUCCAAUCGAGGUUAGAGGUUAGAGGCGGGGUUGGGGUCAGGUGUUCGCCUUGAUACAUAAUAAUAGGGGUCACACGAAGUAUAUACCCCCUGACUCUAACCCUAACCGCUGACUCAUGAACAGCGAAACAUGAAUCUACACGCGUAAAAAUUGAGAAAAUCAACAACUUGUUCCAGGUUGAUAUCAACAGGCGUGAACAAGGUUGUGCGGCCCACUAUGAACAGUAUUGUCAACAUGUUGUUACAACAUUGUUCAACUGUAACAACUUGGAACAACAUGGUUGACAACUUGUUCAUAGUUGGCCGCACAACAUUGUUCACGCCUGUCGAUAUCAACUUGGAACAACCUGUGCGUUUUUAGCCGUGUAUAAUCAAAAAGUCCUUUCAGUUUAAAAUGAUGAUCAUUGUUGAUUUAGAACGCCAGUUUGGUAACGUCAGUUAUAAUUAUAUAGGUGGGUAGUGGACCAGGUUUGGCGUUCAUGGCGUUCUCUGAUGCUCUCCUUCAACUAGACUUGUCGCCAUUUUGGGCAGUGUUGUUUUUCUUUAUGUUGAUAUUGUUGGGUAUUGACAGUGAGUUUGGAACACUUGAGGCAAUUGUGGGACCAAUGAUGGAGAUUGGAAUUUUUCCCAAGAAAUGGAGAAAAGAAGUUAAUACAGGUAAAUCAGUGUAAUUUACACGCAUUUACAUACAGCUAGUACUAUUCAAAAUAACGGAUAACAAAGAUGGUGGUUACUCUGUGGUAUAUUCUUGAAGUCAUUAUCAACUAACCACAGCAACUAAUCGUACCCGGCUCACCGCAACUAAGCCACAGUCUAAUCGUUAAUAAAUCGCGCUGUUACAGGAACCGCGCGGCGAUUUUACGAAUUGGGUCAAGUCAAAUCAAGUUUUGAAAAUCACGUAGGCACGCUCAAAACUGUGACACUGGAGACUUACUGAAUGCAAAGCCCAGUUGAAUUGCAUUCACAACCAGGGACCGUGGAACCGGUAGGGAGCAAUGGGGGCAUGUGCCCCCCCCCCCCCCUACUUUUUUAAAAAGUGAGAAAGUGCUCUUUUUUCUGGGCUAAAGUGCCCUAUUUACCGAACGAAAAAAGGAUUUCUUGAAUGAACGCCCUGUUUUGCUGGCCGGAAAGAAAGUACCCUUUUUGCAGUGGUAAAGACUCUGUAAAGGCCAUUUCCAACAUUAUAGAGACUCCAUAUUUUCAAAAACAUUUUUUUUAUAAAAUCGUUUGAUUUUGGUCAUAUACAAAAGUGCCCCUUUUGGUCAAUGCCCCUCCACUUUCGCGGCCUCUGUUCACAACCCAACGUUUCGAAACUCACUGACAAACUUUACAAUUGCAUAAUCAUAAUCAUAAAUUGAAAUAUUUAUUUAAGCGUUUUAUUGUAUUUACAGCAAUUCUGGCAGUUGUGUUGUUUUUAAUUGGAAUUGCGUUUGUUGCUGGAAAUGGUUUUUAUGUAUUUCAAAUAUUUGACGGAGCAGUGUCGCUCCCCUUACUAAUUAUUGCUUUCUUCCAAUGUAUCGCUGUGGCUUGGGUCUACGGAAAUGACAGGUAAACUGCUAUAUAUCAAUUCAUCCGUCUUAAUCAUUCACUGAUCUUUUAAAGGUGUAGGGAACAGUAUACGAAAUGUCUGUGCAGUAUCUUCUAAUUCUCUUACAAUUCUUGAGUAUACAUGCAUAACUCGUUUUGCUCUUUCAUAUAUGAAUCUAUAUUUAAUGUACACUUGCAGUAUUAUGGAAAUCAAUAGAAAACUUGCAGUGUUAAAAUCAAUUUGAUACACCAACUUGAAUCGGUUUAAUUAUAGCCGACUAUUAAGAAUGUCCAAAAAUUCUCCUCUCCCCUAUAUACAGUAUUAACUUGCAUGGGUCAUCCAAUAAUCAUAACCAAUAUUGUGCAAUAUUGUACUCACAACACUAUAACUGGAUGAUGGAUCAUUAUCUAUGUUAGUCAAAGUUUAUUCAUAAAUCUGGUCCUUCACCGUCAUGUGCCUAUUGUAUAUUUUCCAAGGACCAGAGUUAUGAAUAAACGUUGACUAACACAGAUAAAUAAUAAUAAUAAUGAUGAUGAUGAUCAUGAUGAUGAUGUUCUUAUGCGCAUUUAAAAAUCUCAAUGCGCUUACAAUGGCUUAAAACUAUUUAAAUUUACUGAAAUAGUUAAUAUAUUUACAUUAUAUAUUAGUUAAAAUUUAAACUUAUAUUACAGAUAAAACAGAUUUAGUGGAAUAAUUAAAGUGUUUUCAUAUAUGAUAUAUUAGCUAUAAUGUUAGCAAGCAUAUGCCUCCUCAAACAAAUAAGUCUUCAAAGAAGAUUUAAAUUCUAAAAUAGACUCAGCGGAUUUAAUGCAUUCUAGUAAAGAGUUCCAAAGUACGUUCCGGGGUAGCGUGAGUAGCAUGAGAAAAAGCACGCUUUCCAUAUGCCGUGGUGUAUAUCUUUGGAGUGGAAAGCAGUGAACAUCGGGAGGAUCGAAGUGUACGUGUAGGACAUCUUUCUUCAAUAAUUUUGUGAAGAUAAUCUGGAGCUAGGUUAUGUAGUGACUUGUAAACUAGGAGAAUUAUUUUAAAAUUUAUUCGAUAUUUAAUCGGUAACUAAUGUAAUUCUUUCAGUACGGGAGUUAUAUUGUUAUUCCAAUGAGUUUCACAACCAUCUUCCCUUCGAUAGGCUAUGGCUAGGGGGAGAGCAAGUUACUAUUUCUAGCGAUCAUGGACGUUUGUAUUAACUAAGCAUAAAAUGGCUUUACAAAAUGGUCAGACACGAUACGUUUUAACUUUUAAAAAAUGUCUAUAUGCCGGAUGAUACUUCCGUGACUGUAGUUUCCGCCUUGUGUCAUGGACUCUCUAUCGCGUGAACUAAUAUUUGUAUUGAGAAAACUAAGCUAUUUGUGUAACAGCAACUAUGAAAUUAUAUUAAAUUAUUUAUAAUUUCCGUGUUGUAUUUGUAUAAUUCUGUAAAUGUUUGAUUAAAAAUAUUAUAACCUCCUAUAGAUUCGCUGAUGAUAUUGAGGAUAUGACAGGCAAGAGACCAUGGAUAGGUUGGAUGAUCUGUUGGAAAUAUAUCUCACCUUUAGCCUUAUUCAUUGUUGUCAUUGCUACUGUUUAUGAUCUUUGUAAAAGUAGCGCUGCCUACGAUGUCUUUGUUGGUUGUGUACAGGUAUGUAUAUAAAUGAGAAAUAUCUUAAAUGUAUAUUUAAUUGCUGAGGCUCAUCAGAUGAUAAAUUCGGAACCGCUCACAAAUUUUCACGAUUUCGCUUCAGUUGUGUUCACACCCUCAUGUGAAACCUACAGACGAAUUCAAGCACAGCUAUAUGGCAAGAAUUCGAGCCCAAAAGUAUGGUCUCGCGUAAGCGUUUUCAUAUACACAUGUCAAGUAUAAGCAUAAACUAUAUAGCAGAAAUAUUACUAACUAUAAAGAAAUAUUACUAAUAUUUCUAAGAAAUAUCAGUAAUAUUUGUUUUGCGCAUGUUUUAUCUUUGCUGAGCAAGAAAUAAGGUUUUGUGCAGUAUUCGCGCAAAUAUAGCUACCUCGUGUCAGGUAGGUAGGUAGGUAGGUAGGUAGGUAGGUAGGUAGGUAGGUAGGUAGGUAUAGGUAGGUGAAACGUUAUUUCACCACGGCUAACCCCUACAGCAGAAAGAUUUCCAAGGGGGACGUAGGUAUUCAUAAAAAAUAGCAAAAACAUAUUUACAUCAGAGACACUACAUUACAUAAUAUCAUAGACAAUCCAGAAGACAUUUCUUCUGGAUUGUCUAUGAUUACAUAUUUAAAUAAAACUACAAUAAUAUGAUUACUGGCCAGGCAUUGUAAAAUUGGUAUUAAAGGAAUAAAGAGAAUCCUUAGUCCUUAAUUCUUCUGAGAGUCUAUUCCACAGUUUUACCUCAGCCUCUAAAACUCAGACUUUUUUUCAAGAAAGUUAGAGUGGGGAUGAGGCAAAAAGAGCUUAGUGGAAGAGCCUCGUAAUGGCACUCGUGCAUGGGAUAGGCAGAUGUAUUUAUAUGAUCAUAUAACAUAGACCUUUGGCAGUGAACUCAUGCACACAUCAACAUUGUAUAGGGGAGAGGGGGGAACAUUUGGGAGAUUAUUGUUUUGUCUGCGAAUUAAUUUCCAUGAUUGAAGAUGCUAAUCUUCGGAUUGUGUUUUGUCUUAUACUUUUUGAAAUUGUUGGCUGGUAUUGGUUUUUCACGAAGCGGAGUUAGGCGAUACUUAAAAAUCAUAUCAUGAUUAUCAUGAUUAUGCAUGAUUAUGAUUAUUCAGCUCACUCCCUAUCGGGACUUUUCAGUGACCAUGCAAUUACAUCUAGCCAGUAUUAUACGCUUACUUGUAUAACUUAUAACUAAGCUUACACUAUUUAUUUUUACAACAUUUGUGAUACUACUUUCCUAAUUAUCUUUAUCCUAACCCACUCUGUCAACUUUCCCUGUGGGAGGAAACCGGAGCGACCGGAGAAACCCACGACUUUCGGCAGAGCGUUGACAGACUCUUUUCACAUGAGUCCAUAGCGAAGUCCCGGCAUAUCGUCGAGAAAAAUUAAAAAAGCUUAAAACUGUUAAUAAAGAAACUAUGUACACACAUACGAAACAAUAUCACGAUAGUCAUGGACCAUAGCCAUAAUUACGGCAUAUCUUCGCUCACGUUUCUACCUUCGAUACGAUAAUCAUAAAUAAAAACAUCGCGCGCGAUAAUAUCGAAAUAUCACCCAAAUACUCUAUCGGAUAAACAUUUCUGCAGCGCGUCUGGCACACAUAAUUUUAAGUUACGUGCCACCACACAAUACCUAUAUCAGUCGAAAGUUUAGAUGAAUGGAUUUCAGAAUUUGGAGAUGUCAACAAUGUUAAUUUGAAGACGAAAACUAAAAAGAAACUGAGCAAUACUCGAUCGAUACAAAAUUACAGUACUGAUGCCAGCACAAUACGCGUGUUUAGACGUGUAUUUCGUGUGGUGAAUGUCUCAUUUCAUAUUCGCCGGAUGUGACGCGCGCACACUGACAGUGGCGACACUGAUUGUUACUGGUGACCCUGGUAGUGUACGAAACGGAAAAUUGCAUCGCCGGUGUACUGACAAUAUACUAGAAAAUUAAUCUUCCUUGCGCCCAGCACCCAUGCACCGCUAUCAGUGUUGCUCACUCCAUGUUGGAAGCCAGGUAGCUGUCUGCUAAAAUUCAAGCUAAUUGUCAGUUAGAUCUUUUGUAAGAUGAUCAGUUUCAAAUACCUAUAGCUAGCUGUCUCAUCAUUCUCAACCAUCAUGCAGCUAGCAUUUUGUUUCAGUUGUCAUUCAGCUCUUCUUAUAAUUGCAUGCAUGCAUGUAGAUAUUAACUGUAUAAUAUGAACGUAACUUUAACUCUUGUAGGAUCCAUUUAGUUCAAGUUAUGAUGGGACAAAAGAAUGGACUGCAAAGGUUACCUAUCCUGGUUGGGGCCAGUUCUUGUUCGCACUUCUCAUCUUGAUACCAACUGUAGCAAUAUUUUUUUAUAUAAUUUACAAAUGGCCUAAAAAUUGGAAAGAAAGUUUCCACAACAUGUUUUGCACCGGAAUCAAUAAUUAUCGACCGGAUCCUGGAGAAGAAUAAUAUAUACUUUGGACGAAAGCGUUUAGCAAUUCCAUCUACUUGACUAUUUAUACUAAAUAUAUAGCUCCAGCUAAUUCUCCAUCUUAUGUUUAUGCCUGUUUCCAAUUCACUCACAUCUAUAUAAUUUAAAAUGCAUGUAAUUUAAAUGCAGUUAGUUUAUUACCAUAAUACGACAUUGUGACGGAUAACCAGGCAUGUUAGUCCCUUUUUAGCAUAUAGCUAAAUUCCUAUAUUAUUUUAUUUAGAACCAUGCAUUUUCGUUACACGAGCAAUAAAAUUCUGAUACGGCUUGUAAUUGCCGAAUGGCGAAAAGGUGCACAGCUCAGCUAUAUGCAUAUGAUAUACAUAUUCAAAAAGUGUUGUAAAACCCGAACAAUAUUUGAAUCGAACACUCUAUUUAACAGGGGGUCAGUCAUUGUACGAAAGCCAGAUAGUGGUUUUUUCAAGCUUUCUUAUAUAUGACUAUGACCAUGCAAGAUUAAACUUUAAUAUAUAAGAGUUGAAGUUUCCUUUUAUUAAUUGUGGGAUAUGAUCCAUAUUCGUAUCACUUUUCAAGCAUUUUUAGAACAGUUGAAAAAACACUAUCCGAUGGAUAGCGCUCUGAGUAUCGAUUCUAAUUAAUAAUUAUGUUUUGCAUAUGCAGCACUGUCAAAAGAUAUGCAGCAAUUUAUUUGCAUACUUCUUGUGUCAUUAAAAUGUUAUAGUUGUAACCUUAUUUAUUUUGUAUAAUAUAGACAUUUUUUUAUAAAGAUGGGGACCAGAAAGGUUGUUUCUUUAUAUAUUCUCUUUAAUGAAACAGGUUUUCACAUUUAUGACUACAGCUAUUUCAAUUAAGGUUGUCCCCCGAGCAAAGCGGAAAAGUCGAAUACGAGCGCGAAAGGCUGCUGGGAAUCGCUGAUAAAUUCAUUAAUUUAUUAGCGAAUCCCAGCAGCCUUUCGCGCUCGUAUUCGACUUUUCCGCUUUGCUCGGGGGACAACCUUAAUUGAAAUAGCUGUAUGUUAAUGAAAAAGGUUUUCAGGUCGUAAUGAAUAGUGAAGCUGUUUGUAUUGUUCUUCGGAUCCCUAUAGUCACUUUUUAUUGGCCGCCAUCUUUGUAAGAAACGUCUGAAAUUCGUUUGUAUAAAUUGCAGAAUAUCUAAUAGAGCCUAGAGGUUAAUACUUUUUGUAGCAUUUCAUUAAUAUAGGUAGUUUAUAAUAAACUAUAUAGAUAUAGAGAUUUUUGAACAAACUAAAUUUGUAAUAAAAAAAAUUCUAGUUUAAUUAAAGUACAUAGCAUGAUA